UGGUACCAGAAUAAAAAACACUGAAAACAGUCUUUUUUUUCUUUAGUAGUUCAGCUUUAUUUGAUAUGCCUCAAUUUAAACUAAUUUAAAGAACAGAAAGCUAUUUUUAAGAAUGGUCCAAGAAUCCGAAAAAAAAAAAAGGAAGAAUGGUGUAAAUGAUAAUUCGUUCAACAAUAAAAGUAAUAAAGUUCCUCAUUCUAAUACAAUUACAGGUUUUGAUUUGAUCAACUCGCACAAUUUGUGUAAUGAAAUGGACAAAGCAAUACAAUUUCCUUUCAAUGGCAGUGAAAAUGUAACGAUUCCCAACGAAUGUUCUUCAGUAGAAAGCAUGCAUCACAGUUUACCCGAUUCUUUAAAUACUAUAAUAGAGCAAGAAAAUACACUUAACGCUGAAAAUUUAUCAAAUAAUGUGGCGCCUAGUCUUUCUCCUCCCAUUGUAAACAGAGAUUCUUCUAAAAAGGGAAACAAUACUGCAAAUCUAGUCGAUUCAGACCAAUCAGAGAAUAUUACAACCAAACUGGAUACUAACGACGUCAAAAGUCAAGACGAGGUUUGUCAAUGGCCUUGGAUUCGUUUAAUGUCAAAAGCGGGACGUCCAUAUUAUUAUAAUGCCCUGACCUCAACAACGUCGUGGUUCCCUUCUCACAGUCGCGAUAAAGAAGAAAAGCAUCAAUGUAAACCUCCUACGCUUUUUUCUGCCGCCAAUGCUCAAAAGACGUGGCAAAAAUUUUGGCAACAAUGCCAGGAUAUUCAAAAACCAUCGAAAACGAAUUGUCACGAAGAGAAAAACAACACGACAGGAGAUGAUGCUGAAGAUUCCUCCCAACCUACAAUCAAUAAAUCUAUGGCGGUUUAUAUCGAGCACUACAAAUCCCCCACGGCUACAAUGUUAGGUCGUGCUGCCCGACAACAAGUUCGUCCACCCAAUACUGAAAAUUCAGGAUAUGUCCAAGGUUUCGAUGAAUAUAAUAUUUGGUACGGAAAAUAUUUAAGUGACAGAAGAGAAGGCUCACGUAGAGAAGAUCGUGAAAAAGCGUUAACACGUUGCAAUCCAUUUACGGAUUCCGGUUGGACUCGUUGUGAUAUGGAACCUCAACUAGAUCGCCCUGUUCUAUGUUUAUAUUUUGCAAAAGGUUGUUGUUAUUUAGGAUCAAACUGUCGGUAUUAUCAUCGGUUGCCUACAGCGGAAGAUGAUGCUAAAUUAGACAUGCUUCACGAUAUAUUUGGAAGAGAGCGCUUCGCAUCGCACCGAGACGAUAUGGAUGGUGUUGGAACAUUUACUGAAGAUUGUCGAACUCUUUUUGUUGGCGAUAUGAAGGUGAACCGUGUUUAUUCGAAUGCAGAAGAGAAAACCGAAGAACUUAUUCGUCAACAAUUUGGUCUUUGGGGUCCUUUAGAAAGUAUCAGAGUUAUUCGUAAUAAGAACAUUGCAUUUGUUCGCUAUAAGUAUCGCGUUCACGCUGAAUUCGCCAAGGUUGCUAUGGCCGAACAACGCCUUAUGCUCGAUAGAUCGGAUGACCAAAUAUCUGUACGAUGGGCUCACGGCGGUCGCGAUUCAUCGUAUGCUUUAAAUGUUUGCAAAGAUGUUUCUAUGUCAUUUCCAUUUCUAUCCUAUGCUAGAAAUGAAAACCAAAAAGAGAUCUCCUCGAGAGAUUGGGAACAAGCUAAUACUGCUACUAUGAAUCGAUUAGAAAAUUUAGGCUACACACAAGAAGAGAUUGAUUGCCAAUUAAAGUGGAGCAUUCAGCAAAAAAGUGUGAGCCAGCAGAAUACAGCGGAAAAUACUACAGCUGUUGUCUCCAGUUAUCCAUUAAAUACAAUGGCACAUUUAAACACCACGUUUGAUAAUACUACAAGUGAAACUAAAAAUACUCUUCCAAAUUCUUCAGAACAACCUACUAACGAAGACGAUAUUUAUAAUUUUGAGUGUCCUACCCUAAACAAAGCAUUUUCUCGUAUACAAAAUUUUCAUGAUGAAAACGUUUUUAAAGUUUCACUUUAAAAACCUCUUAGCUAAAUUCAUUGUCUUGAAAUUUGUAUAUUACCUGAUUAACGUUAAAUUAUAUUGGUUUUACUAUAUCUCCAAAUAAAAAGUUAAUAAUACAAGUUUUCGUUAUUUUGAAUCGCUUAUUAUUAAAAGGAAGACUCAACUUACUCUGCAAAAGCAUAACGUA